AGGAAAAAAAAAAAAAGUUCCCAAUUCAGUUACCUCCCUCUUAUCUUCCACACAGGGGAGCAGUUCAAUUUUCAGAGAAGCUGAAAUGGCUGCUAAUUAAGCUUAAGGAGCCGCUCCAUUUUGCAGGCGGGCCUCCUCCAUCACCAUCCUUCAGCUCAAGUUACUUUUUUGAAACUGCCCCAAAUGAGAUCGGCGACAUUUCCAAGGACCCAUUGCCCCAACUUCUUGCUUCCCAUUCAUGGCUUCAGCUCUUCGACUACGAAGAACUCGAUCCCUUUUGCCGCGCCCUUUAAAUUUAAACCCACUUUCUUGAAAUUUCAAGCGAAACCGGCCCGGUUGGUUGUAUUUUGUUAUCGGGAUUCCGAGAAAUCUGCCCGGUAUGAAGAAUCCGGUGAUCGUGACUCGGAAGCUGUGGGGGUCGAACAUUCGAAUGGGCCUUUCAUGGAGGAGAAUACAGAGCAAAACCAAUGGAGCCUGGAAGUGGGAAGCCCUAGUGUUGGAUUUCGGCCUCUGGCCAAAUUGAGCUUCAGCGAUAAGGCUUUUCUUCUCUUGACAUUCAUCGCGUUAACGACUUCGGUGGCAUUUACAAGCCUUGUCAUUGCGGCUGUGCCAACGCUUUAUGCAAUGCGCAGAGCUGCUAUUUCACUUUCAAAGCUAGCUGACACAGCUCGUGAAGAACUUCCUGGUACCAUGGCUGCCAUUAGACUUUCAGGCAUGGAAAUCAGCGAUCUCACUCUUGAACUAAGUGAUCUAAGUCAAGAAAUAGCUGAUGGGGUAAACAAAUCUGCCCAGGCUGUCCAAGCAGCAGAAGCUGGAAUUCGACAGAUCGGUGCAAUUGCGCACCAACAAACUAUGUCUUUCUUACUUCUGGGCUAUUACAUCUUUAUUAAUAAAUGCUGCUCUAACUGGCACCAGUUUAGUCUGCUGAGGAGAUUUUCUAGUUUCCAUACCCAACAGCAUGAAGAUCCUUUCAUAGCUCUAUCUCCAACAAUGUGGAAUCGCGGGCUCGAAGAGUCGAUGAUUCGCGAAAUCCCAGCUUUUCAAUUCGAAAGAGAUGGUGGAGGUAGAGGUAUCUAUGGCUGUGUGGUUUGUCUGAGCGAGUUUCAAGACGAUGAAAUGCUAAGAGUCCUACCAAAAUGCAGCCACACAUUUCACUUGGACUGCAUUGAUAUCUGGCUCCAAAGCAACUCCAAUUGCCCUCUUUGCAGAACAAGCAUUUCAGGCACAACAAAGCCUCCCAUUGAUCAUAUUGUGGCUCCAAGCUCUUCCCCUCAAAACUCACAGCUUCUCUCCAACAGCCUAAUGGGCAGUGAUGAAGAUUUUGUAGUCAUUGAAUUGGGGGGUGAAGAUGAAGUAGUUUCCUCAGCAGGGCAACAAGAGAGGACUGUUUCAAGAGAAGUACUAGUUCAGCAGCAGCCCAGAAAUCAUUCGCCGAAAAAAUUCGAGAACAAAGUCGGCAAAUCGAAGACUCGGAAGUGUCACCAUGUCUCAAUAAUGGGAGAUGAGGGCAUCAAUGUUAGAGAGAAAGAUGAUCAGUUCUUCAUCCAGCCCAUUAGAAGAUCAUUUUCCAUGGAUUCUGCAGCCGAUCAGCAGCUUUACUUAACCGUUCAAAUGAUAAUUCAUCAAGGUAGCCAAAUUACCGAGUCUAGUAGUACUACUGCAGAAAGUGAUAGCAGAAACCGAAGAUCUUUCUUACCAUUUCGAUCGGGACGAGGAUUCAAAAAUGCAAUUCUUCCACUUGAGUCUGAUUUGUGAAUAUCCCAUGAUUGAUUGAUUUCAUUCAGAUUUAGUUUCUGUUUGCUUUUGAUUUCAGAAGGCGGUGAAAAAUUUAAACAGGUGAAUGAGGUAUUACACACAAAGACAGAUGGUGCUUAUUUGUAACUUUUUUUAAUGAAAUUUUACUCAGUAUUGGAAAAGAGAUGAAAAAAUGGAACUUGCUGAAACUUGGCAUG